AUGGUCUCAUUUAUCUCAAUGGACGUUAGGAUUUACCAAAAAAAACUCAUGGUUACCAAUGCCCUUGCACAUGCUGGUCUGGAGUCCUCUAAUCUGAUUGUGGGGAUUGAUUUCACAAAGAGCAACGAAUGGACAGGUCCAACUUCGUUUGCGCCAAUCAUUGAGACAGCUAUUGGAAUUGUUGAUAGUAGUGGUGGCUAUGACUACCCACUUUCAAUUGUGCUUGUUGGUGUUGGGGAUGGGCCAUGGGACAUGAUGAGGCAAUUCGAUGAUAACAUACCUUCCCGCGCAUUCGACAAUUUUCAGUUUGUGAACUUCACACAGAUCAUGUCAAGGCCUAUACCGGCCAGCAAAAAGGAAGCAGAAUUUGCUCUUUCAGCACUGAUGGAGAUUCCAGAACAAUUCAAGGCAGCACUGAGCCUCCAGCUUCUUGGGUAUUUUCUUGUCCACCUGUCAAAACCUUCCUCAUACCUGGAAAUUCGGAUCAUCCCCUGUUUAUCUCUGUUUAUCACUACCUGUCCAAUCUGCUGGAGCCAAACGAAGAACCUUGCUUUCGGGUGUGGGCAUCAGACUUGCUCUGACUGCUCGAAGGAUCUGAAGGUGUGCCCCAUAUGCCAGAGGGCGAUCUCCACAAGACUGAAGCUCUACUGA